CCAUCUGCUGCAACAGCUAUGCUCGUUUAAAUUCACAUAACUUCAGUCAUCCUCAAGAUCUCCUUGAACCCACGGCUGAUUUUCCUCAUUCCUUCAUCCGUCGGCAAACGUUGAGAAAAAUGGAAACAAGCUAUCGGCGAUUGCGCGAAGAGACGUAAAUUAUUUUUCUAAAUACACGUUGAUAAACCGAUCGAAUUAAACCGAGCACGAAUUUAUCGCGACAAAUUUUUUAAACCGUUGUUGUGAAACUGUGUGAUAACAAACGCACGACGAUUAUCGAACCGCGACGAGUUUCUAAAAUGUAUACGAAGGAGAAUAACGGUAAGAGAAGGAAGGAAAGAAUCUCAUGAUUUUGUGACCAAGUGAGCCGAUUGAUAUGCCAUGAAAAUAUCAGUGGAAAAAGAAUUACGCCAGACUCGAGAAUCCUUCGAGAGAUAAAGUUUAAUAACAACCUUUCUAAAUGACAAUUGUUAAUCGCAUCUCGAAAAUGGAGGACAUUGACACCCGAGUAUCGGUUUCCGACGACGCAUCGAAACAGUUAAAGUUCGGCAUGGACAGGAUAUUGUCGGACGAGAUAUCGGCGAAGAAAGAAGAGGAACCCGUGUCAAGGCCGAUACCCAUCCUGUACAACUCCUCGGUGUCGUGCCCUUGUCCGGGAGGCUGCGCCAGCUGUGAAGCAGUCAGGAAUUGUCCCUCGAUCGGUUUUCCUCAUUCGAAUUUUCCGCUCCUCUCGCACCACAACUACAAUAUUUUCGAGAGCUACAACAACCCCUACAGAGCGCCCCUUGUGCGACCGAUAGCUAGAGUGCCCGUGGCACCGUCGGCAGUCGUAUCGAGUAAUCCGGAGAGCAGCUCUCGUCGUAAGAGAUCGUGGUCGAGGGCAGUCUUCAGCUCGUUACAGCGAAAGGGACUUGAGCGAAGAUUUUCACUCCAGAAGUACAUCACAAAACCGGACAGAAGACAGUUAGCUGCAACUUUGGGUCUGACAGAUGCUCAGGUGAAAGUUUGGUUUCAAAAUCGCCGCAUGAAAUGGCGUCACACGAAAGAAGGAGAAUUAGCGACCCCCGUUGGGCCGGAUUCUACCCAACAAGAACCGCAGCGGAACCUCGGCAGUGAUUCUGCGAUGUUGAAAAAUUUCUCAGAUGUUAAACGGAGUAAGUCGGAACUAGAGGAAGAGGACGUGGAAAUUGAAGUUGACGUUUAGAAACGCUGCGUACAAAUAUCAUUUUAAGAAGACAGUUUGAAGGAAUACGAAAAUCGACGACUGCUCGUUAUAUACGAACAAUUCUAUUCUUUCCUUAAUUCGGUCUUGUUUUUUCUCUAUUUGUUAAUUCGUAGUAUAUAAAGUUGAGAAGCGUGUAAUAUAUGUAAAUAAAUCACUUUGUAAGUUCAUCGGAAAGUACAUUAAAUACACAAAUUUGUAAGUUUAAGUUUCUCUUCUAAAACGUUUGGCACGCAACUUAGUUUCAAAUAUGUUUUCACACACAUUUACAUCCUAUCUACAGCCAAUUCUUAGAAAAUUGUGACAGCGUAUUACUUGCAAUAUCUUGCAUACGUCGAAACACCGUCGAAAAAAACAAUCCAUCUUUUCACAUUGUAAUCACCGACCAAGAGUCUUGCCUACGAUAACAUAGUUACAAGGCUUCUGAGAAUUUCAUCGGGAUUAUAAUUCAAUCUUGAUAAUUGGCAAAUUUUAAA